AUGUCUUCCAGAAAGUGAAGUGGGGGAGGUGCAACAGGAAAGGGCACUAAUGUACCACCGCCAGGUCCUGAGGAACCUACCCGAAGGUCUGCUGUAUAAUGCUCUCCUGAUAGACCAGAAGCAACUGGUUAGCCAGAGCUGCUGCAUCUAUCUGGCAUUGUUGCUUCUGCCUCAACAUCUCAGCAUAUGUAACCAAGGAUGAUCUUGCUUCAGCCUUAGUGGGUUUAGAAGAUAAGAUCACUGGGAUGAUUGCAUUGGUUUCUCAGGGGACUAGAACCACCAAUCCUGGAGCAGGAAUGGGUGGAGGAUGAGGAAGAGC